AUGGCGACCAUUGAAGAAGCUUUUGACGUUGUUAGCAAGACAUUUCGAAUUUCUGCCUUAAAUGCGCCGCAAAAUAACGGAAUUACGAAAAUUGUGGAAGAAGGAAGGGAUGUUUUUAUUAAUCUUCCUACUGGUUUUGGGAAAUCUCUCCUCUAUCAAGCAUUACCACUCGUGUUUGAUCUCACUUCAAAACAGCCAGGUCAUAUUGUGGUAGUUGUUUCACCAUUAAUAAGCCUUAUGGACGACCAAGUGUCUUAUUUGAGGGAACUAGGGCUUAAAGCAUGCAACAUAACUUCACUUGAGGACGGUGAACGCACUCGUGUUGUUAAUGGUGAAUAUUCCUUAGUUUACGGAUCACCCGAAGCAUGGCUGAAAAACGAACACUGGAGAUUAAUGCUAACGAACUCUGUUUAUUUCAAAAAACUAUGUGCGAUAGCAGUCGAUGAGGCACAUGUUGUAAGGCAGUGGUAAGUCUUUAUAUAAAUAAGCGUCUAUAUCAAUGCAACAAGUUAUCCUAUGCAAUAGAUUUAUGCCGUGUAUUUUCUUUUUAAUGUGUAGGGGAACAUCUCAAGAUAAUAAAAUGGCUGCAUUCCGCGAGUGUUACUCAAAGCUAUACGAACUAAGGUCUCUCGCACCUAAUGUGCCUUUGGUAGCCUUGACUGCAACUGCAACCAAACUGACUAGAGACACAAUUUUAAGUCUUCUGAACAUGGAAAAUGUAGUGGAAAUUAAAGAAAGUCCCAAUAAAUUAAAUGUUGCCUAUGUUGUACAAUAUAUGGAUAAGGACACGGAACUUGAAUUUUAUUUCAGCUGGCUCACUGAUGAACUGAAACACAGUCAGGAGAAAACAGACAGAACAAUCAUUUACUGCCAGCAGACUAUAAGGCAAUGUGGUUUAGUUUACGCUACAAUCAAGGGUUUGCGAGGAACGAACAUGUUUAUUGGAGAUGACUAA